GUCUCUGCACCAGCUGAAGACGGGAGAUAUCAGAUUGCGUUCGUGGACGGUGCGGGAGACCUGGUACUCCAUGUGCUUUACCUUUCGGACCUCUUGCGGUGAAAUGCACAGGAGACUUAACUGGGCAAACUGCGCCCGAGGGAAUCCCCGACCCGCAAUCGAACCUUGCAACACUUCGAGUUGAUACAUUCUGCCAGCGCGAGAAUCUUCGCCUCAUUUACAUCAAGUAACCAGCGGGAAAGCACUAUGGCGGUGUCUCCUUACUUCACAGCGGGGGUACUGACUCGUAAUAUGAGCCGUGGGACGAGCGGCCUUGGCAAAGGAGAGAGUCUCGGCUCCAGGUUGGGAAGGUUGGCCCUGACUAGACGUGGCAACUGCCGGGACCAGGAGCCUGACGGUACCGCCGCAGAGAACCAAGUUGCGGGUACCGUCCGCAAGCAUGCACCGAGGCGGAGGAGAAAGAGAGCGCGGAUUGUGGGCAGUUCCAAGCAAGUUGACGGAGAGGCAAAGGGCGAAUGGGAACCGGAACACUGGAGGGAACAGCUGGAUAACAUCAGGGAAAUGAGGAAGGACAGGAGCGCUCCCGUAGAUCACAUGGGAGCUGAACAAUGUUUUGAUAAAACUGCGGCCCCCGAGGUGAUGAGAUACCAGGUCCUUCUGUCACUCAUGCUGUCCAGUCAGACCAAAGAUCACGUGACAUUUGCUGCUAUGAAACAAUUGCGGGAACACGGCUUGACGGUGGAGAAUAUUCUCAAGACGGAUGACAAGACACUGGGGGAGCUCAUCCACCCGGUUGGAUUCUGGAGGAACAAAGUGAAGUACAUCAAACAGACCACGGCAAUUCUGAAGGAACAGUAUGGUGGUGAUAUUCCCAAUACUGUCAGCGAACUGCUUCGUCUUCCAGGAGUCGGUCCAAAGAUGGCCCACCUUGCCAUGAAGUUAGCCUGGAAUGUUGUGUCUGGCAUCUGCGUGGACACCCACGUGCACAGGAUCACAAAUCGGUUGCAGUGGCUCCAGAAGGAGACCAGAACCCCUGAGGAAACCAGACUGGCGCUGGAGGAUUGGAUGCCACGGGACCUCUGGAGUGAAACCAACUGGCUAUUGGUGGGCUUUGGUCAGCAGAUCUGCCUGCCAGUGAACCCUCACUGCUCGGGCUGCCUCAACAGAGAUAUCUGUCCCGCGGCCAAGAACAGUCUCGGGAAAACAAACCGCAGGCUCUCUCCCAACUCUCCGCCACAGCCGUGCCAGCAGCAGCAAUAAUUAAAUCCUUGUGUUUAAGUGUUCGGUCCUGUAUAAAUUAUUCAGAGGAUGGGAGAUGCUUGUCCCUGGAUCAACUAAAACAAAACUGUAUCUGAUGUUGUUGAUGGAUCCCAGUUGCCGCCGGAACAUUGAAGACAAUUGAACAAUGACGCUUCCAGUGACAGCAGUGUGCAGGACUUAAAGAAGCGUCCUUAGACUGGUCGGGCUUCAGAGCCUGCUAACCAGUGAUAUGGUAUAGAAAAGUUUCUCACGCUAAUUGGUCAUUGCACUAUUUCUUACGAGUAAAGGAAUUCCUUACGAAUGGAAUACCGCUGAACCUUCUUUCUAGUUCACAGAUGAUUGGACACCCUUACAUCAGAAUGAGCUCCCACAACAGUUUAAAUUCAAAAGUCUGAUAUUCCGACAAACAGCAGAACUCAUUUUCUCUCUCUCUCUCGCUCACUCACUCCACUUAUAGUAAUUGUUCUUUCUUAUCAGUCUUACAUGCUUUUAAUAUCCAAAGCAAUGGAUAUGGUUUCAUAUUGAGUGAUUUUAUGUAAUAUAUAACUCAUGAUCAUUGCACUAUUCCAAACUAGGAAAGGAAUUCCUUACUCGUGAAACACUGAGCCUUAUUUCUAACUCACAGUUAAUGGGUUAGAUCAUUGUAGUUUUUAUAUUGCUUCGUUGGCUUAGCUAGGAUUUGUGGCAAUGUUCCUGAGCAUGUUAACCAAUGCUCUACAAAUAUUACAGAAUUUAAAACGCCGCUUAUCAAAAAGCAUGAAAUAAAUGAUUGUUUCAGCA